AUGCGACGGAAGAUACGGGUUAUUCUUUACUUUUCGGUGUGGCUUUUUAUGGCAUUGAUAUGCAUAGUAUUGAACAUCAUCAAUAUAGAUUGGGGAAAAACAGAAACCGCGAGUGGUAUACUAAUCGUGAUAGUUCUUGGAGUUCUUCAAGGAUCUGUGCUUGAGUUUCCCGUGCAGACAAUUGCCACGUUACUAAUUGGCGGUGAACGACGUGAUAAUAAACGCGCCCCAUGUGAUCGUUUGACUGCUAUCCUCAAUUACAAUCUACUAGCAACCGGAAAAGACGAUAUUCUGGAAUGUUUUGAAAUGAUGUAUAAGGCGUAUGUCGGAAACCUCAGUCCAAAUGUUUCGGCUGUUUUGUUAAGUGCUACUAACGACGAGAAACUGAAGGAAUAUGAAAUAGAGAUACGGGAUAAGUAUCGUGCUAUUUUGUAUGACGACUUAUACAGAGAAGGCCAGGCGUUUGCUCGUGGUGAAUAUCAACAGGUGGAUCGCUUACACCUUGAACAUGUCUGGGCGAUGUAUGCUGAUGUAGAUAGAAAUGUUUUCAUGGCUGAUUAUCUUGAGGAAAUAUGUGACCGAUAUGCCCGUGAAUUUAUGGUAGUACAUCGAGUAAGCCGCGUCCUGAGGAAAUGUGGGCAGUAUCAAGACCUUAUGCUCCUUUCAGAAGGGGAAUGCAAAGCAUAUUCGUAUUGUGACAAAUCUUAUUACGGCCGAUCAGCCCGUGAACCCGGCGAAUCAUUAUUUCACACAAGCGAAGACGUAUCUAAUAUAAAAGAGAGGAAAUUUGACUACACACUUGUUUUAGACGCCGACACGGGUGUACCUCGGGGCGGGGUUUUUGAUAUACUAAGCAUUGCAGCCGCGCAUCCUGAGAGAGGCAUCAUUCAACCAUCAAUCAAACUCCAUUGCGACUCAGGGAACACAAUGUUCAUGCAUCUGGAGGCAAUGAGACAAAGCAUAUAUGAACCAAUGACAAACGCAAUAACCGCCCUUUUUGAACAAUCGUCGUUCUUCGGAAAAGCAUUAAUUAAAAAUAAAUUAUACAUUGACUACGUGAUUGGUUCCAAAGAUGAUCUCAUCGAAAGAGUGCCAGUUGACGUGCUUAGUCAUGACACCUUUGAAGCAGCGCUGCUGAAGCCGUUGUAUGCUGGAAGUACUUUCCUGCUAGAAACACCUAGCACUAACUAUGUGACAUGGAACAUACGUGAGCGACGAUGGAACAGGGGUGAAAUACUUCUAGCAAUGUAUUUCUGGAAAAACGCAUUCGGUAAACCUAUGCGAUGGCUUCAAAAGAAACUUCAGCGGUCUAAAUUUAAUAAGACCAAAGUCAGGACAGAAACAAAACUAGACUUUGUGACCUCUUACAUAGCACAUUCGGCGCUGCGACAAAUGUUGAUGAAGCCUGCUCUUUUAUUAUAUAUCAUUCUUCAAUAUUUCGUCUAUCUGCGUAACAGAUACGCGUCCAUCAUCAUCGUCAUGUUCAGUGUACUAGUCUUUCCAAAGUUUGCUACGUGUAAUCGCGAAAAUUACAAGUUUGUCAUCUUGGAAACGAUGGCAUCCAUUCUCCAAUUCACGCCUGAAGCGCUAGUUGGUUGCGUGCGCAUUUGGCGCGCUUUUUAUGCCAAUAUUUCACUAAAUGUAAAAUGGGUACCACAACGAGCCGUGGAGGAAGAUUUUAAAUGUUCUAAUCCGUUUCUGGCAAGUUUCAAGCAUCUCUGGGGUUAUUCAGUGUUUUCUCUAGUAGCAGGUGUUUUAGUUGUUAUCUUUCUUGAAAGAGCAAUUCUUUUCCUAGCUAUGCUAAUUACAACAGUCGUUUUACCUAUGUACGCUGGAUUAACAUCGUUAACCAAAGGCUUCAAACGCUGUGAGCCAAGCAGUAAAUCUGACAACAUUAAUGCAGUUGCUGUGCCACAUAUAUACGAUAGCAUUGGUAACACAUCUGAACCUGAUAUUGAAAAAAACAAAAUUGAAGACACUUCGUUGACGCCCAACAUGUACACAAAUUACGGGUUUGAUGACAGCACAGAGUUUCCAAACAAUAAACGUACACAGAAUAAUGUGUCAUGGUCCAGGGACGUAGAAAAUAUGAUUGCGAGUUCCGAACGAUACGGUCAGAUGUUAAGUCUGUCCCCUUUAAGAAAUAGUGAUUCACUGCGUGUUAAUCGUCCUAAAAAGUACGUGUCAGUAAUAAACGUGAAACUUCCGAAAGCAGCGGAUAAAAACGAAAACAACAAAUUUAAGGCUUUAAAUCUCCCUGGUAGUGAUAAUCCUCAUUCACAUGUGAAUAUGUCGACCAGGAGCUCUAGCUCUGGAUCAUCGCUUUCCUCGAAAAUCCCUAACACAGACACUGCUCCUACUGAAAAUGGGAUCAUUUGGCAUGUUAAAAACGUAACCUUUAUAAAGAUAUUUAAUUUAAAAGACUCAAACAAAUGA